UCGGCAGGAACCUGAAUGCAACAAAACAGUAAAGUUUCAAAUGAAACAGGAUGAGGAGCGGUACACAGGAAAUAUGGCUGUGUGAAGGUAGCUUUCAACUGAAAUGUUAUCGUUAAUUGUUAAACAAAGUUAAAUAAACUUGUUUUACUAAUUUACAGAGAUUUAAAAUCGAAGUUUGAAAAUUUACAGGGCACCAUUACUUUCGAAAUAGCUGAAGCACGCCAUACUAGAACGUACGCUCUGGAUAAACGAGGUCCCUCUCUGAAUACCAACUGCUCUGCUUCCCCCGGGACACGGCGCUAACUUCCUGGGACAGAAUGACGGUAGAUAUAUUUCAAGACAUCCGCGGUUGUAUCCUUCGCUCCGUUUUUUAUUUUAAUCCCUCUGCUCCGUUUACAACAGGGCUGUUUAGCUACGUCUACUGGCUCAACCAGGCAGUUUGUUGAUUAGUUUGAACACUGCUUCCUUCCACCUAGAGACCGGAGGCUUGUUUAUCAGUUAAGCUUGAAUAAAGACAAUUAUAAAGUCCUGCUUCUCGCUCCCCCCCCCACCCGACACUUCGCCACGCCCCUCUGGGGGGGACGAGCCCCACUAUUUGACAAGUACUGUAAGUCUGUAGUCUGGAAAGAGAACUCCCCUUUGGGCCACUCCCGCUUCAGUCAUGGGGACGCGCUGGUCUCGGAGCGGCAGCAGCCUGCCGCUUCUCCCGGAGACAAAGCCAGAGGGUCGGCUAGCAGGACACAGAGAGCCCGAUAACGACUCUCUGGACGGGCUUGACAGGCGAGAGGAUAUCGCUCAGUUUCCGUACGUGGAGUUCACCGGCAGGGACAGCAUAACCUGUCCGACAUGUCAGGGCACCGGGAGAAUCCCUUCUGAACAAGUGAACGAGCUGGUAGCGCUGAUCCCCUACAGCGACCAAAGGCUGCAGCCACAAAGGACGAAGCUGUACGUUGUCCUGUCGGUGGUGGUCUGUCUCCUGGCCUCCAUUCUGGUCGCCUUCUUCCUCUUCCCCCGCUCGGUGGUGGUGGUGGACGCCGGGAUCCGCUCAGUGACUGUACACUUUGAUCACACCAACAAGAAAGUCCUGAUGAACAUGACGAGCACGCUGAACUUCAGCAACCCAAACUUCUUCACCGUGCUGGUGCAGAGCGUGAGCUGCCAGGUCCUCUACAUGAAGACGGUGGUGGGAACUCGGCAGCUGGACAACCCCACCACCAUCCAGCCGCUCAGCCACAGCCAGGUGAACUACACGGUCAGUGUGGAGAUCGGCAGCAAUGCACCUUAUGUCUAUGCCUUCUGCACAAUACCCAGGAUCAAGGUCCACAACAUUGUCGUAUUUAUGCAAACCUCGGUGAAAACGUCAUACAUGGUGCGAACGUCCCAGAACAGCCUGGAGGACUACCACUACAUAGACUGUGGCUCCAACACCACCCACCCCGCACUCACCAGUAGCACAACCACGCCCCCUUCAGGAAGGAAGCAACAAAAUAGAUUUUUUUGAUUAGAAAUCUGCUACACAAAACCAAACAAAAAGAAAAACCUUCAAACGAAGUGUUUUGGUUGCUAAGCGUUCCCAAGUUGAACAUUAAUUUUUGAUGAAGUGAGUUGACUUUAUGGCCUUUUUCAGGAAUAUUUAUUUUUCUCUUGCUACGUUUUCACAUAAAUGUCUGUAAGUUCAGGAAGGGGAUUUGUUUGUCCACAGACACGGUGGCUCACAUGUUGCUGACAACGGAGUGAAUAACUCACUGAUUCACUACCAGACAGCAUUCUCUAUUAAAAGUCACACAAAGCUCUUUCUCUUGUGGGGAACAUGGCCGACGUUCUCAGACAAAAACUUGAACUGUUUCUGCUGAUGUGAACUUCUUCCACUUCACAUCGUUCUAACUGAAUCCUGCCGACUUCUCUUUUCAGGAAGGAAAUACAAAAAAAAGAAAAAGGGAUAAUUGUUGUUUCUGCUUUUGGUACCAUGCAGUAAUGCUGUUGUUGCACAUUUUCUGUUCUUGCUUGCAUUUAAAUGUGUUUAAAAGGCAUUGAAAUGCUUGCUAGAUUUUUUUAAAUUAUUACUUUGAUGUCAGUAAGUCUUUGCACACCAAUUUUAUUGACUCUAAGAGAGGAUUUUCAUAUCGAAUGUAAAAAGUAUUAGACCUUUUUUUAAAGGGGCAUUUGUCUAUUUCUGAAUUCUGGGAAAUUUAUUAAGGGACAAAACAUCUACUUUGGGUUACACUGUUGUAAAAAGAUUGAAGGGGAUUGUGAAUAAAUGAUAAAUAAUUGUCUUGAA